CUUCGAAUAGGCUAGCCCAUCGUUUCUGUUGGUCAUUGGGCGCGCAAGCACGCCAUUUAUACAAUCAUGUCAUGACUCUUACCACGAAAUUUUUCUCCGUGCUAAUACUCAGUACAUAACCUCUUGUUUUAUACUCUAUUCUUCUUUUGCUCUCCUUUGCUUUCCUUCUAUCACUGCUAGGACGCUCUCAGUGCGAAUACUGACCCAAUAACAAGUCAAAAUGAGCCCCACAAUCGAUACGAAAACCCCCGCUGUCCACCAUGAUCUACCAACCCCAGAUCCUGAGUCACCUACAAGAACCCGUCAGCCAUACAAGUUGUCGACGUUGUGUGUUGCGGUUGAAAAUCCGUCGAUGAAGGACCAGUAUGGAAGUAGCUCUGUGCCAAUCUACCAGAGUGCGACAUUCAAAGGCGUUGGGAACGAAUACGAUUAUUCCAGAAGUGGUAAUCCAACACGAAGUCAUCUAGAACAUCAUAUCGCAAAGAUAUCAUCUGCAGCACGCGCGUUCGCUGUUUCUUCGGGAAUGGCUGCCCUAGAUGUCAUCUUGCGCUUGCUCAGGCCCGGAGACGAGAUCAUCGCUGGUGACGAUUUGUACGGUGGAACCAACAGGCUACUUACCUUUAUCCGUACCCAUGUCGGUGUCACCGUCCAUCACGUAGACACCACAGACCCCAACGCCGUCAUUCCUUUCAUCCACCCGACUAAGACCGCCAUGGUCCUCCUAGAGUCUCCUACGAAUCCUUUGCUCAAGAUCGCUGAUUUGGCGCUUAUCAGUAAAGAAGUCAAGGAACGUGCGCCGAAUGCUAUCGUCGUCGUUGACAACACGAUGAUGAGUCCGUAUCUACAAAGGCCUUUAGAGCAUGGGGCAGAUAUUGUUUAUGAUAGUGCUACGAAGUAUCUGAGUGGACAUCAUGACUUGAUGGCCGGUAUGAUUACCUGUAACAGAGAUGACCUCGCCAAGCAAAUAGCUUUUACCAUAAACAGUGUUGGCAACGCCCUAACUCCAAUUGACUGUUUCCUUCUCCUCCGAGGGGUAAAAACGAUGGCUGUGCGUAUGGAUCGCCAACAGGCGACUUCUCAGCUCGUCGCUACCUAUCUGCAUUCACUCGGAUUCAAAGUUCAUUACCCUGGCCUCCCUGACCACCCUGGCCGGGAAAUUCACCAACGUAUCUCGGAUGGUAAUGGAGCCGUUCUGAGUUUUGAGACAGGCGACAAAGAGCUCAGUGAGAAAAUUGUUGGAAGUACUAGACUCUGGGGAAUCAGCGUAAGCUUUGGUUGCGUGAAUAGCUUGAUCAGUAUGCCCUGUGUCAUGUCACACGCUUCAAUUGAUCCAGCGAUACGCGCUGCCCGUGGUCUACCUGAGGACCUUAUUCGUUUGUGUGUCGGCAUAGAAGAUUCUUCAGACCUUCUAGACGACCUUGAACACGCCCUCGUAGAUGCCGGAGAUAUCGCGCUUAGUGCUCAACAAAAUAAAUAUGUCCGCGUCCCACCUGGUCAUGUUGCCUUAAACAAGGCCGUGGAACAACUUGCCAUCGGAAGCAGUAACAGCAGGGGAGUAGAACAUGAGUGGUUCGUUAGUGCUCCUGGAAAGGUUAUUUUAUUCGGUGAACAUGCCGUUGUUCAUGGUGUGACUGCGAUCGCAGCCUCCGUAGACCUUCGGUGCUAUGGCCUGACCACACCGCGAAACGACGGCAAGUUGUCUGCUCAUUUCAAUGAUAUCAACGAUUUCCAAGCUGAGUGGGAUAUUGAAUCGUUACCGUGGGGCGCAUCAGCGCCACUCGGCCACCAUGAAAGACACCCAGAAGACCUGGAUCAGCAGUUGAUUGAAGCCAUUCAUGCAGGCCCAUUGAGAGAACUUGGUCCAGAUAAAGAUCAAGCACGCAACGCUGCACUAGCCUUCCUUUACAUGUACAUAAAACUAACGAACGCUGAGAGACCCUCGGUGCAUUUCGAUGUACGUGCAACUCUGCCUGUUGGUGCAGGCCUCGGAUCUUCAGCAUCCUUUUCUACCUGCGCAGCUACCGCGCUCCUCCUGCUCUCUCACCGCGUCACUCUUCCCUCGAUCCCUCCCCCCAUCUCCGCGGAACAUUUGCACCUCUCGCAUCAUGGCCGACACGCCCUUGAAAAACACAAUGCUGAGGAGGCGAACCGUUGGGCGUUUAUCGCAGAGAAGAUCCUGCAUGGAAACCCGAGUGGAGUGGAUAAUAGUGUUGCGGUGUUUGGUGGUGCGCUGACGUAUAACAGACCUGGAUUUGGAAAGCCAAGUGGAAUGGAGAGUAUUCAAGGAUUUGGCUCUCUCCGCUUCCUUCUGACUAAUUCCAAGGUCCCUCGAGACACAAAGAAACUUGUUGCAGGAGUGGGUUUGAUGAAACAGGAGCAACCUGAAGUCGUUGGUUCCAUCCUCGACUCUAUCGAAAACAUUAGUGCUCAGGCCAAGCGGUCGUUGGCUGAUUCAACCGAGUUCGGACGCGAGAACUUACUUCGGGAUUUAUCGGUUAUGAUUAGUGAAAACCAUAAACAUCUUGUUUCCCUCGGCGUUUCUCAUCCCUCGUUGGAGAUCAUUAGAGAGAAGACUGCAGCUCCUCCGUAUAAUCUAAGCACGAAACUCACCGGUGCUGGCGGUGGUGGGUGUGCCGUGACCUUAAUUCCUGACGAUUUCAGUGAUACGUCCAUGAAAGAUCUGCUCUCUGAACUCACCGAAUGUGGCUUCGAUCCUUACUUAACAUCAGUGGGGGGAAGUGGGCUGGGCAUCCUGUCGCCUUAUCCAGAGCAUAGAAAUACAAGUGCGAAGGAUAUCCAUCCAGGACAAGUGACACCGCCUGAAACACCAGACGAGCCGAAUACUUCAGAUCCAAGAGACUCAAUCAAGGCAUCCUUCGAGACUAAAUCAUUGUUGGAGCUCACUGGAUGGGCUCAAAAUUUGGGCAAAUGGCUAUAUGUUUAGUAUGAUGCAUUUGUAGUUCCCGUGUAAUUUGAACUUUUUUGUUUUUGAGAUCUGCCGCCUUAUAUGGUUUAGGAUAACCUUCAUCCUCGGAGCGACGCUUUGACCAAGAGUUAAGAAGGUUGAUUAUUCUCAGCGUUCUACACAAUGGCUACGUGAUUCCUAAAACAAGUGUUCAUUAGGAUAUUAUUGUAUUUGGUUGGUCAAUUACAAGUAGUAGUGGAAUACAAAGUACUAGGAAGACAAUGG